AUGUCUGUCGACAACAACUUAGCAGACCAGGGCAGCGAGUUUUGGAUAUUCGGAUAUGGGAGUUUGAUCUGGAAACCGCCACCGCAUUUUGAUAGGAGGAUUCCAGGCUGGGUCACCGGCUAUGUCCGGAGAUUUUGGCAGGCAAGCCAAGACCACCGCGGCACCCCUGAAGCCCCCGGUCGCGUCGUCACCCUAAUCGAACGCUCCUACUGGGAGAGCCUAACUGACCACCAUGAUAAACCCCCCGACAAAGUCUGGGGAGUUGCCUACCGCAUUAUCCCAGAACGGGUCGCUGAGGUAAAAGAGUAUCUCGACAUUCGCGAGAUUAACGGAUAUACCAUCCAUUACACACCCUUCUACCCAGCCCCGGACGUCGACUCUGCCCAGCUGCCCAACGGGAGCCGGGAGCCAUUCAAAACGCUGGUGUAUAUCGGUACCCCCGACAACGACCAGUUCGUUGGGCCGCAGGAUCCCCAAGGGCUGGCAGAGCAUAUCUAUCGGAGUGAAGGGCCUAGCGGGUUAAAUAGGGACUAUCUUUGGGGCUUGGAGCGUGCCCUGAAUGAGUUGAGCCCGGAGAGCGGAGACGACCAUGUCACGGAUCUGGCAAACCGUGUGAGAGCGAUUGCUGAGAAAGAAGGGAAGGCCGCUGAGGUGUUGGCUGGACUGGAGAAGGUGCUGGAGAAGGAGAGGAGACAUCAUGAGCAGCCACAUUUGUUUAGAAAAGUUACUAGUGUGGACGAGGAAGAGGAAACGGAGAAGAAAGAAUAG